AUGCUGGCCCGAUUCCUCGGGCUGCUCAUCCGUCGUCCACAGGAUAGCCGCCAGGAUCCGGAGGAGUUCUAUGUCAAGCAGGACAGGAUCGGCAAGGGUUCGUUUGGAGAGGUCUACAAAGGCUACGACAAACGCACCCAGAAAACGGUGGCCAUUAAGAUCAUCGAUCUGGAGAGUGCGGAGGACGAGAUUGAAGACAUCCAGCAGGAGAUCCAGAUUCUGUCUCAGCUAGACUCUCCCCAUGUCACCAAAUACCACGGCUCUUACCUAAAGGGAUCCCAUCUGUGGAUCGUCAUGGAAUACUGCUCCGGCGGCUCUUGCUCAGACCUGAUGAAACCUGGCGUCUUUCGCGAAGAGUACAUCGCCAUCAUUGUCCGUGAGCUGCUCAGAGGUCUCGAGUACCUGCACUCCGAGGGCAAGCUGCACAGGGAUAUCAAAGCCGCAAACAUACUGCUGUCUGCGAAUGGAGAGGUCAAGCUGGCGGAUUUCGGUGUCUCUGGGCAGCUCUCAGGCACACUCUCGGCCAAGAAGAACACCUUCGUCGGCACGCCGUACUGGAUGUCGCCAGAGGUCAUCAAGCAGAGUGGCUACGACCACAAAGCGGACAUAUGGAGUUUGGGUAUCACCGCCAUCGAGCUUGCAAAAGGCGAACCCCCUUAUGCUGAACUGCACCCCAUGAAAGUGCUGUUCUUAAUUCCGAAGAACAGCCCACCCACACUAGAAGGCCCGUUCUCCAAGUCGUUCCGUGAAUUCGUGUCCUGUUGCUUGCAACGCGAUCCGAAGGACCGUCCAACUGCGCGGGAACUGCUUAAGCACAAAUUUGUCAGGAUGGCCAAGAAGACCAACUACCUGACUGAGCUCAUUGAGCGCCACGAGCGCUGGAAGGCGGAAGGGGGCGACAGGGUCGAGGAGGAAGAGCGGCGGCAUGAAGAAGAGCUGAAUGGUGCCUCCGACCCCGAGGAUCUCUGGGACUUUGGGACAGUCCGGCGCGGCGGCACCGUUGGCCGCGCAGCGCAGAACUCCAUCAAGGUGUCUGGCCCACCCCUUACGUGGGAGAACAACGGCACCACCCGCUCAGACGAGUCGUCGAACUCAAGCGGAUCCGGUUCAUCGUUUACUAGACGUGGUCCAUCGGAUGACUCUUCAGCAACAGCUACCCCAACGAAUAAGAGCGACCUGCCCCCUGUCCCGAGGAAAGGAUACGACCGUGAUCAACAAGCGACCAUUCGACACGGGCUUGCUCCAAACGGGCGUGAACCAAGUGACGAAGAUGACUAUGGCAACGCGUACGCAGGUCGGAACGACGUUGACGAUGACUUGCCGGACACGACCAUGCUUGAUUCGGUCGUCCUCCCCGCCAUCGCCUCGGUGACUGUUCCUCGCGUUUCCACGCAGGAGGCCCGCGUUGCGCUCGCCGCGCUCCAGCGUGCCUUUACCGAUGCGGAGCGUAUCAUCCCUGGGGUCACCCUGGAGCUCAUCAACGAAAUUGUUGACGCAGUCGAGCGUGUCGAUGACGACCGAUGA